AUGGCACCUGUGAAUGGCUGGGUAGUGGGGCUGCUUCUGGUGAGCCUGUGCCCACCUCAGAUCCUACUCUCUGGUGCAGCGAGUGCUCAGAACAUGGCUGACACAGAGGCAGACCUUCAGACCAGAAAUGCUGAGGAGGAUGUGGAAGAAACAGGCAAAAACACUGAGGAGGAAGCAGAGGAGGAUGGAGCUGCUGAGGAAGAGGAGGAAGACACUACAGAUGAGGAAGAGGAGGGUGAAGAAGAGGAUGACGAGGUUAAUGCUGAUAAGGAAGCUGAAAGUGAAGAGGAAGAGGAUGAUAGUGAUAGUGAUGACUCUGAUGAAGAGGUUGCAGAGGAAGAUGAUGAUGAGCCUGAAGGUGAUGACACAACAGAAAACCAGGACGACACAAGUGAAGAGGAGGCCGCCACUGACAAGCUGCAGUUCCACUCUGGCUCUUUGUGUAGUGUCUGCUCCAUCUGUGAGCACUGUUCUAAUAACUGUGACAACUGCCCCUGUGAAGAGGGAGAUCAGUCCGAUCACUGUGAGCACUGCCAAGGAUGCUCAUCCUGCUACAUUUGCCCCAUACUGUGUGACACAAUUUGCACACCAGGAGGCCUCAUUGAUGAGCUGACUGGGUCCCUCUAUCAGUAA